AAUGGGCUGCUCGUCCCGUACCACGUGCGGCCGGGAGCGGGCCGUGAGGCGGGGCCGCUGGCGCGCGCGGGGCGGUUGCGGCUCGGGGCCUGGCGGCGUCGGGUCGGCGGGCGGAUUCCCCAGGGAGGAGCAGGUUCCCGCAGAAGUGGAAAAUGCAGUGAUUCCUUUGGUUUGGGCGAGCGAAGUCCCGGGACGAUCUAAGUUGGCAGAGCCGGUAAAAGCAACAUUAAAACCUGGAGCCAGGCCGAGGCAUGACGAAGAGGCGGUCAUUGACCAGGGAAGAACGAGCACCGUCGCCAAUAUUCACUAUGAGAAGGAGGAGCUGGAAGGCCACCGGACCCUGUACGUGGGCGUGCGGAUGCCGCUGGGGAGGCAGAGCCACCGGCAUCACCGACCCCACAGCCAGAAGCAUCGGAAACGGGAACGGGAGAAGGACUCUGCCCUGACGGAGCCGGGCUACCGCUACACCCCAUCCCAGCGGGUGCAGGUCAUCCUCGGGACCGAGGAGGAUGAGCAGCACGUCCCCCAUGACUUGUUCAGCGAGCUGGAUGAGAUCUACGUGAAAGAGGGGGAAGGUGCUGAGUGGAAGGAAAGGGCAAGGUGGCUGAAGUUUGAGGAGGACGUGGAAGACGGCGGCGAUCGCUGGAGCAAGCCCUACGUGGCCACGCUGUCCUUGCACAGCCUCUUUGAGCUGAGGAGCUGCAUCACCAAGGGCACGGUGCUGCUGGACGUUUGUGCCAACAGCAUCGAAGAGAUUGCAGAUAUGAUCCUGGGCCAGCAAGAAGAGUCCGCCGAGUUUGACGAGGGCGUGCGGGCAAAAGUUCGAGAAGUGCUUCUGAAGAAGCAUCACCACCAGAACGAGAAGAAAAGAAACAACCUUCUCCCCAUCGUCUGCUCAUUUGCUGAUGUGAGCGAGAAGCAGUCGGACCCACACCUCCUCGACAAGCCAGCCCAAACACUCACCCCUCACCCUUCUGCCACCGCUGCGGAAGCUAAAAGUGGGGUGAGCCACGAGAGCAGCGCGAUGGAUUUAAGCAAGGCGGAGCUGCACUUCAUGAAGAAGAUUCCCACCGGUGCUGAAGCGUCCAACGUGCUUGUAGGAGAGCUGGAUUUCCUUCGCCAGCCCAUCGUGGCAUUCGUCCGCCUGACCCCGGCUGUCCUCCUCUCGGGCCUGAUGGAAGUUCCCAUCCCCACAAGGUUCCUGUUUGUUUUGCUUGGACCGCAAGGAAAAGCCCAUCAGUACCAUGAGAUCGGCAGGUCCAUGGCUACUCUCAUGACGGAUGAGGUUUUCCACGACGUUGCCUACAAAGCCAAGAACCGGGCUGACCUCGUGGCCGGCGUCGACGAGUUUCUGGAUCAGGUCACGGUCUUGCCGCCAGGAGAGUGGGAUCCAUCGAUCCGAAUCGAGCCCCCCAAAAACGUCCCUUCGCAGGAAAAAAGGAAGGUGCCAGGAGCUCUCGAUGACAGUGCUUCUCACAGCAAGCCGGAGAAGCACAGUGGUCCUGAACUGGAGCGGACGGGAAGGCUCUUUGGAGGUUUGAUCCUGGACGUGAAGCGAAAGGCCCCGUGGUUCUGGAGCGACUUCCGGGAUGGUCUGAGGCUGCAGUGUCUGGCGUCCUUCCUCUUCCUCUACUGUGCCUGCAUGUCCCCUGUCAUCACCUUUGGGGGGCUGCUGGGGGAGGCGACCAAUGGCCACAUAAGUGCCAUGGAGUCGCUGCUGGGCGCAUCCAUGACCGGCGUGGUGUAUUCCCUCUUUGCUGGGCAGCCUCUCACCAUCCUCGGGAGCACCGGACCCGUCCUUGUGUUCGAGAAGAUCCUUUACAAGUUCUGCAAGGAGUACAAGCUCUCCUAUCUCUCUCUGCGGGCGUGCAUCGGGCUGUGGACUGCCGCCUUCUGCAUUGUGCUGGUGGCCACCGACGCCAGCUCUUUGGUGUGCUACAUCACCCGCUUCACCGAAGAAGCCUUUGCCUGCCUCAUCUGCGUCAUCUUCAUCUACGAGGCUCUGGAGAAGCUGAGUCACCUGCGAGAGACCUACCCUGUGCACAUGCACAGCCAGCUCGACCUCCUCACCCUCUACUCCUGUAAGUGUGAGGCACCGACCCGUCCCAGCAACGAAACCCUGCGCUUCUGGGAGAGCAACAAGGUCAACGUGUCCGGCAUCGCCUGGGAAAACCUCACGGUGACUGAAUGUCGGUAUUUGCACGGCGAGUUUCAAGGACCUGCCUGUGGGCGCGAUGGCCCCUACGCACCUAAUGUCCUCUUCUGGUGCUGCAUCCUUUUCUUCUCCACCUUUGUCCUGUCGAGCUUGCUGAAGAAGUUCAAAACCAGCCGUUACUUCCCAACCAGAGUACGGGCCACAGUGAGCGACUUUGCCGUUUUCCUCACCAUCGUCAUCAUGGUGCUCAUUGACUUGGUGACUGGGAUCCCGUCCCCGAAGCUCCACGUGCCCCAUGUGUUCAAGCCGACCAGAGAUGACCGCGGGUGGUUCAUCAGCCCCAUCGGCCCCAACCCGUGGUGGACGGUGCCGGCUGCGCUCAUCCCAGCUCUGCUCUGCACCAUCCUGAUCUUCAUGGACCAGCAGAUCACGGCUGUUAUUGUCAACAGGAAGGAGCACAGGCUGAAGAAAGGAUGCGGGUACCACCUGGACCUUUUUGUGGUGGCCGUGAUGCUCGGGGUGUGCUCCGUGAUGGGGCUGCCCUGGUUUGUGGCUGCCACCGUCCUGUCCAUCACCCAUGUGAACAGCCUCAAAGUAGAGUCUGACUGCUCAGCUCCCGGGGAACAACCCAAGUUUUUGGGGAUACGAGAGCAGAGAGUCACUGGCUUGAUGAUCUUUGUGCUCAUGGGCUGCUCCGUCUUCUUCACUUCUGUGUUAAAGUUCAUCCCAAUGCCUGUGCUUUACGGCGUCUUCCUCUACAUGGGUGUGUCGUCCCUCAGAGGAAUUCAGUUCUUCGAUCGCUUGAAGCUGUUCUGGAUGCCGGCGAAACACCAGCCGGAUUUCAUCUACCUGCGGCACGUGCCCUUGCGAAAGGUGCAUUUCUUCACCGCCAUCCAGCUGAUCUGCCUCGUCCUGCUCUGGGGCAUCAAGGCGUCCCGUGCCGCCAUCAUCUUUCCCAUGAUGGUGUUGGCUCUCGUUUUUGUGCGGAGAGUGAUGGAUUUCUGCUUCUCCAAGCGAGAGCUCAGCUUUCUGGAUGACCUGAUGCCAGAAAGCAAGAAGCAGAGGUUGGGCGACGCCAAAACCGAAGCCCAAGAGGAAGAGGAGUCCCAGAAGACGAUGGCAGCUGCUGCUGCAAAUUGCGUUCAGCUGGAACUGGGGGAGACCAGCGGCUUGGAUAUCCCACAGCAACCCAGUGACAGGGCUGAUCCUUCGGAGAUUAAUAUCUCAGAGGAGAUGUCCAACAUGACCGUGUGGAAGGUGCUGACGAUGAAGAGGGAAACGCUCUGACUCUGGGGAGGAAAGAGGAAUGUUGACUCUGAAGGAGAGGAGUGAGAACGUGACUCAGGGAUGUGCCGACGCAGGCCCGGGGAGAAACCGCUUCCCUUCAGCCGGAGGAUUCCCAUUAAAGCCAUGCAGAUGUUGUCGGUUACCCUGGGUGUGCUUCAGGCGUUCAGUAUCCCCAGAGCAGCAAACUGAGGGGCGCAUCACAGUCCGUGGGAGCUGGGUGUUGUUACGCCUCCGUGUGUACGUGCGUGUGUUGGUGCGGUUUUGUAGUGGUCGAGGGGCUGCUACCGCUCCCUCAUUCAGGGCUAUUUUUUCAGUCUCCAAUUCCUCCUCGCCUUUCUCUUUUCUCCAAAUAUAAACUCUGAAUGUACACAAACA